AUGACCCUCUCCACGCUGGCCGUGUGUGCGCGGCCGGGCCCUGAGGACGCUUCCGGCCGCGCGUCCUUCGUCCCUGGGGCGUGGGGUCCCCCCACGGGGCACCUGCUCCAGCCACUCCGUCCCUCCGAACUCUCAUGGCCGCCCCGCCACCGUCCCCUCCUCCGGGAGCCCAGGCUCCGGUGCCCCGUCCCGCCCACGGUGCCCACCGCCACCAGCCCCGGAGCCCCGGCAGCCGUGCAGAACCGGCCGCCGCUCUUCUCGGGUCGGCUCUCCCGAGCACGGACGCGCGGCUCUGGGGGCCAGAGGUCCGAGGGCGCUCGGGGGGCCACAGGCCACAGCGGCCCAGAGCCACCACCGGGGCGCCUGGUGCUCGCCGGACGCCCUGGACACGCGGCCCCGAGUCCUUGGACCCCCGACGAGGAGCCUCGCGUCACCUGCCCGGACCUGGGCUCUGUGCCCGGCUGGCAGGAACCCGAGGGCGGUGGCCAUUCCGGCCCAGAGUGCGGGCGACCGCCGCGUCCACCUCCCGUCCCGCGGGGCACUUGUCCGGAAGCCGCCGCCAGCCCAGACCGGGCGGAGGGCACAGGCCCGUCCCAGCCCUGCGUGGCCCUGCCGCCCCUGCCGCCCCUGCCCGCCGGCCGCCUCUCGGCCCCACCCGCUCAGACUCCAAGGGCGUCCUGCGCCCGGGCGGCCCGGCCCCGCGUGGUCGGACCCACCGCGAACACGCGCGGCGGUGAGCUCGGGACACGGUGCGGCCCCGGCCCGGCAUGGGGGCCCCCCAGGGAGCGUGACGGGGAGGGCGGGGGGGCGGGGGGGGCUUCGGGGACUCCCCGACUCACGCGGUCUCGAGAACCUCAGACGGUGAAGCAGGCGAGACCCAGGGGCAGCCGUGGGGAGACCACGCGGGGAGACGCGGGGGCGCGGGGCUCUCCCCAGGUCGUCCAGGCACACGCGUCCGUGGCGACGGCUGAGAGGGGCCGGGGCGCCCCGGACUCGAAGCUGGGGCGUCUGUGGGCUCAGAGCGGCCGGCAGGCCGGGGACCCGCCCGCGCUCCUGGCGGUUUCCAAGCAGCGUUGGAAGCGAACCGUCAGGUGGCCGCCUCCUCUCCCGGGGGGAAACACCCCAACCCGCCCCAUCCGCAGCUGUGACGGCCCCCCAGCCCGCGGACGCCCCGAGGGAGAAGGACCCGCGGGAGGCGCGGGCGCCGCAGGGUCCAGCCCUGGGAGCUUCACGGUGAGUCGGACGCCGACCGGCCCCGCCACAGGCCCCACCGCGCGGGCCCUCGGGAGCCUGCCCGGCGGCCCACGAGGGGCUCUGAGCUGCCCCCUGUGGCCUCUCCGUAGGGCCCGCGUCCCACCUGGCAGCAGGGGCGGGUCCGGAGGCUUCGGGGGGCGGGAGGCCGGCGCGCCCUCCCCCAGAGCCAAGCAUCACCGGUUUGGUCUCGGCCCACUUGGCGGCGAGCCCGCUCGUCUGCUGCGGCUGCCUCCGACUUCCAGGGAAAUAACGGGGUUCCUCCGGUGCCCCUCCCCUUUGUCCAUGAAGGCGCUGCCCGCGGGGAGUCCCAGCGGGGGGGACACCGGCUUCCCCGUGAGCGCCAGCGAGCGCUUCCUGGAGGCCAGCGGGGCUCCGGGCGCCCCUUCGCGCAGGGGCUUGUGGGGUGGGGGGGGCGUCCAUGCGACAGCGGCUGCGGGGGUCCGGGGCGCCGGGCAGGAUGCUGCCCCUCCGGCGGGGCCCGCUGCCUUGAAACUGGCCAAGCCCUUGGGUCGGGCCACUGGGCCAACACCCAACACCUUUGGGCCUUUCUCGCACUUCUUGGCUCGCAUCAAGACGGGGCAGGCAGAGGUGGAAGGAGAGAAGAAGGUGGUCUUCGCCGCCAACCGUCUGUACCCUAACCGGGGUGCAGGCCGGAGCGCAGGAGGGGCUCAGCGGGCAGAGCGGGAGCAGCACAGGCCGCGGCGGGGCAGCGCCCUGUGGGCCUCGCCCUGGGCAGCCGGGACGACCCUGCGCUGCGGAGGCCGCGGGCAGCGCCCCGGGAGACCCCGAGGACUUUUCCGGGGAAACAUUGUGAACAAUCACAAAACCACGAAGGACCCCCAGCAGCAAGACCCCAAAGAAGAGAAUGGGGGUGUCCGUCUCCCUGGCCUCGGGCUGCACGGCACGGUGCGGGGAGUGGACACCGGGCCCUGGGCGGAGCAGAUGCCGCCCGGCGGGCAGAGCGUGGCCCUGGCCCCACGGGCGCGCCCGGAGCGCAGCGCCAGCGGCCAGCGCCAGCGGUUAGCGGCCAGCACCAGCGGCCAGCGCCGGCGGUCAGCGCCAGCGCCAGCGGUGCGGGACAAGGCAGCUCGCAACCACCCUUACGGCCCUGGGGACCCCACCGUGGGCAUCGCACCCUUUCACCAAGCCGAGCUGCUCGGCCAGUCCUGCCGCCUCUGGAGCCCAGCUCCCCACGAAAUUCCCCUGAGCGCGCCCAGGAGCAAGUUGGGGGAACAGUGGGUGGGCCUGGAGGGGCCCGGGCCGCUUCGGCACCUCAGGCGAGGCUGCGGGGCCAAGGACCGGCAGCCGCCCACAGCCCGCGAGGGAGACGAGGCCCCGUGCAGGGCCCACAGCCCCGCGGCUCCUGGGGCCCCGACUGAGGCCCUGGUCAUGGGCCUGGGGGCCUCUGGGCGCUCCGGGCGGGCCGAGCCCUCCAGCCGGCGGCAGCUCUGGCUGGGCAGCGUUCCCCCGGACUCGCCUGCCAACUAG